GAUUGCUCGAACAAGUCCAGAAGCCCAACACAACACGAAGGAAUCCUCUCUACCCCCCGCCUGGCGCCUGCCCUGAAAGGCUGAAACCAAUCCACCGCCGCUCCUCGCCGCCACGCCGGCGGCCACCCGUGUGGCACGACGACUGACAGCUUCCCGCUCUCCUCAUAUUCACCUUCGCCUCACGGCCCCGCGCUUAUCAGAGAGGCAACAGCCGCCGCCUCCCGCCUCGUCGCGGAGCUAUACGGCGAGGCCGGCAUCCCCGGCGGCCGCCGCCCGUCCCCAAGAUACCCAGCGCGGAUUGAUUGAUUUCUGUAAUCUCUGAGGCGGAGAAGACCACCCCAAGGCCCAAAUAGUCCGGGAACCGAUUGGGGUGCCGCCCGGCCGGCCGACGAUGUCGUCGAGCAGGUUCUCGCCUGUGCUGCAGGCGUCCGAUCUCAACGACUUCAUCGCCCCAUCGCAGGACUGCAUCAUCUCCCUCAAUAAGAACACCUCCUCCUCUCGCCGCCUUCAGAACAAACAGAAAGAAACUACAGUGAGCUCAAAACCUCCAGAGGAAGCAGUCAAGAUUUCACUAAAAGACUGUCUGGCAUGCAGUGGUUGUAUAACAUCCGCAGAGACGGUUAUGCUGGAGAAGCAAAGCUUGGGUGACUUCAUUGAUCGCAUAAACUCUGAUAAAGCUGUUAUUGUAUCUGUAUCUCCCCAGUCAAGAGCAUCACUAGCUGCAUUCUUUGGUCUUUCUCAGUCACAGGUUCUCAGAAAACUGACUGCUUUGCUCAAGUCGAUUGGUGUAAAGGCCGUUUUUGACACAAGCUCGAGUCGAGAUCUAUCUCUUAUUGAAGCAUGCAAUGAAUUUGUUUCACGUUAUGAGAAAAAUCAAUCAUCUAGUGGCAAAGAAGCUGGAGCCAAUCUUCCAAUGAUUUCAUCUGCAUGCCCGGGAUGGAUAUGCUAUGCAGAAAAGACUCUUGGUUCAUACAUUCUACCUUACAUCUCAUCUGUAAAGAGCCCGCAACAGGCGAUUGGUGCAGCCAUUAAGCACCAUGUGGUUGAGAAACUUGGUCUAAAGCCGUAUGAUGUAUAUCAUGUCACUGUGAUGCCCUGCUACGACAAGAAGCUAGAGGCCGUCCGGGAUGAUUUUACUUUCUCUGUAGACGGUAAAGAGGUCACAGAGGUGGAUUCAGUACUGACAACUGGUGAAGUGUUAGACUUGAUACAGUCCAAAUCUAUCGAUUUCAAGACAUUAGAGGAAUCUUCAUUGGACAGAUUGUUAACAAAUGUCGAUGAGGAAGGCCAUCUAUAUGGGGUUUCUGGAGGUUCUGGAGGUUAUGCAGAAAUGGUCUUUCGCUAUGCAGCACAUGUAAUUUACAAGAGAGAAAUAGAGGGUCCUCUUGACUUUAGAAUCUUGAGAAAUUCAGAUUUUCGUGAAAUUACAUUGGAGGUGGAGGGCAAACCUGUUUUGAAGUUUGCACUUUGUUAUGGAUUCAGGAACCUGCAGAAUAUUGUUAGGAAGAUUAAGAUGGGAAAAUGUGAAUACCACUUUAUUGAAGUUAUGGCGUGCCCUUCAGGUUGUCUGAACGGGGGAGGUCAAUUAAAGCCUGUUCAAGGCCAAUCUUCCAAGGAACUUAUCCAGCAAUUGGAGAGUGUGUACACACAAGAUAUAUCAAUAUUGGAUCCUUUCAGUAACCCUAUCGCGAAAAAACUAUACGACGAAUGGCUGGGGCAACCUGGUUCAGAGAAUGCAAAGAAGUAUCUGCACACAGAAUAUCACCCAGUGGUGAAAAGUGUGGCCUCACAGUUACAGAACUGGUGAUAGAGGUUUCUUAUUGCACCGGGAAUUCCUAUGUUCUUCAAGAGCCAAGAGGGACUGCAAACAGAGCAAACAUGGCGACCUGUCCAUGCUAAGCAAAUAUUGACCACACAGGAAUUAAAACAUGCUCAAGUGUUUUUUUGGCAUAUAGCGAAGAAGUUUUGUUAAGCUAUAGGUUUUCAGCUGCUUCUAGUUAAUGUUGUACGCUGCCAAAGGGAAACGACAGCUAAAUUGCAAUGUGUAAAAUGAACGAAGUAGGUCUUGACGACCUUUUCAUUGUCUGGUACUCCGUACUCGUCCUGCGGCGCAAUUCUUUUUUUCUUCCAUUCCUGUGAAGUUGUGAAGAGGCUGCAUUAUUUCAUAUUCCAUAGAAAAGGGAAGAGUGUUUCCUGUGUUCCAAAUAGUA